AUGGAUUAUUACAAAAACAACAACAGUAACAAGGCGAAUAAUAAAGGAGCCGUCAUCUACACAAUACAAACAUGGCCAUCGUGCGAUUGGGCUAGAUGGCAUGCCUGCGCUGAUGCUCAUCAGGCCUUUGUUUGUUUACUUUUAAUUGGCGUUGCUUCGGUAACGGCCAAACCAAAGCCUGGAGGUGGUGGAUGGUCUAGCGGCGGUGGAGGUGGCGGGGGAGGAUGGUCUUCAGGAGGCGGAGGAGGUGGUGGCGGCGGAGGUGGCGUACAAAUUAUUAAAAUAAUAACAGAAGAUGGUGGUGGCGGCGGCGGUGGCGGCGGUUGGUCUUCUGGUGGUGGAGGAGGCGGUGGCGGUUGGUCUUCGGGUGGUGGCGGUGGAGGAGAUGGCGGCGGAGACAUUAAAAUUGUUAAAGUCAUUAGCCUAGGAGGUGGUGGAGGAGGAGGCGGCGGCGGUGGCUGGUCAUCUGGAGGCGGUGGUGGAGGAGGUGGCGGUUGGUCAUCUGGUGGUGGUGGAGGCGGCGGAGGUGGCUCUACCAAAAUCAUCAAAAUAAUAAAGUUAGGAGGUGGUGGAGGCGGUGGCGGUCAUGGCGGCGGAGGUGGUGGAGGCGGUUGGUCUUCUGGCGGUGGUGGUGGCGGAGGCUGGCAACCAUCCGGUGGUUGGGCUUAA